GCUUUUGUUAUUAUUUAUUUAUUAUUUUUCGGAUCGUUAAAUCAAAAUUACGUGUAUUUAUCAUCAUACUAUUAAAAUUUAACAAUGAGGGAAUGCAUCUCAGUCCACGUGGGCCAGGCCGGCGUCCAGAUGGGCGAGUGCUGCUGGCAGCUGUACUGCCUCGAGCACGGCAUAGAGCCUGACGGCAUGCUGCGUGGCUCCAGCGACCUGGUCGCGACGGACUCCUGCUUCAACACAUUCUUCUCCGAGGCUGAUAGAGGCAAGAUGGUGCCUAGGGUCAUCAUGGUGGACUUAGAGCCUACGGUUAUAGACGAGGUGCGAAGCGGAGAGUAUCGGCAGCUCUACCAUCCGGAACAGCUGAUAUCGGCGAAGGAGGACGCCGCCAACAACUACGCUCGAGGACAUUACACCACCGGCCGCGAGGUGCUGACUCCAGUCAUGGACAGGAUCAGGAAGCUGGCUGACCAGUGUACGGGGCUACAGGGUUUCUUUGUGUUCCACUCGUUCGGUGGCGGAACGGGGUCGGGCUUCACGUCGCUGCUGAUGGAGAUGCUGUCGGAGGAGUUCACCAAGAAGAGCAAGCUCGAGUUCGUCAUAUACCCCGCACCACAGAUGUCAACGGCAGUGGUAGAACCGUACAACGCGGUGCUGUCGACUCACGCGACGCUGGCGCAUACGGACUGCGCGUUUAUGGUGGACAACGAGGCAAUAUACGACAUCUGCCGACGGAAGCUGUCUAUAGAGAGGCCAUCGUUUGCGAACCUGAAUAGGCUCAUAUCUCAGGUGGUUUCGUCAAUCACGGCGUCUCUCCGCUUCGAUGGAGCUCUGAACGUGGAUCUGACGGAGUUCCAGACUAAUCUGGUGCCCUAUCCGCGUAUACAUUUUCCGCUAGCGGCUUACGCGCCUAUUGUGUCUCCAGACAAGGCUUACCACGAGGGAAUGUCCGUAUCCGAGAUCACGGCGGAGUUGUUCGAGCCCGCCAACCAGAUGGUGAAAUGCGACCCGCGGCAGGGCAAGUACAUGGCGUGCUGCCUCCUCUACCGCGGCGACGUCGUGCCCAAGGACGUGAACGCCGCCAUCGCCAACAUGAAGGCACGCGCUGGCAUACGAUUCGUUGACUGGUGCCCUACGGGGUUUAAGGUGGGUAUAAACUACCAGCCGCCGACGGUGGUGGCGGGCGGGGACCUGGCGCGGGUCCGGCGCGCCGCCUGCAUGCUCAGCAACACCACCGCCGUCGUCGAGGCCUGGGCCAAGCUCAACCACAAGUUCGACCUUAUGUACAUGAAGAGGGCUUUCGUGCACUGGUAUGUCGGUGAGGGUAUGGACGAGGGAGAAUUUGCUGAAGCACGUGAGGAUCUGGCUGUUCUUGAGCAGGACUAUGAUGAAGUGGCUCUCGAGACUGCAGAGCUGGCGCAGGGUCAGGAGCUGUGAUGA